AUGAAUAAACUUUUAGAAUUUGGAUUUUUAUUAUUUCUCCUCCUCUGGAUUGUUUUUGUUUAUGUUUUUUAUGCGCUGCCACAGAGCAGACUAUCAAAACUUAAAGAAAACUCAGACUCUGGCAUCGAUAUUUCAGUUGAAUCUCCAAUUGAAGACUCUUCUCAAAUCUUCACGCUAGCAAGAGUUACUGAGUUAAAUAUGCUGGACGACGAAAAUUCAAUAUACCCUCUUAAUUUGACUUGCAAACCAGAGUCCUUCGGCUAUACAUUGGAGGAAGCCCCUUUUUUAUUUCCAAACGUUACAUAUCCUAGAUGCGAAGAAAAGUACAAAUCAAGCCCAGAAAUGUUCUAUAUAGACAGAAAAGAUAAUUCUUUACAUAUGAAAUGCACUGGAAGAGUAGCGCUGGGGCCUUUAAAGGAUAAUGAAGAAUUUGGGAAAUAUCAAUACAUUAAUCGAAUAAAAGAAUAUGGAGGAGAGCCAAUAGUACUUGAGUCAGAGGAAUAUGCAUUUGGGUCUUGUAGUCCAUAUAAAAUAACAGAUUUUGAGCAUGUUGACUAUAAAGUCAAGCUAAAUGAGAAGUCUUUACAAAGAGCUAAAAGGUCUUUGAGUGGCAAACCGAUUAAUAUUGCCAUGCUAGUGAUUGAUUCUCUUUCAAGGAGAAUGUUCUUUAGAAAACUACCGAAAUCUGUGGAGUAUUUAAAUUCCAUAGCAAAAAAUGUGUCUAUUUUUGAUUUUAAAUUACACCAUGUUAUGGGACAAAAUUCUCAAUAUAGCUUCAUGCCUACAUUUUAUGGAGAUAUACCGAUUGCAGUAUCUAGGCACAUGGCCAAGGGAGAUUCACACUAUGAUGUUUCCAUAUGGAAUUAUUUGCACGAGAGAGGCUUUGUAACAAUGAUGGGAAUGGAUAAUUGUGGUGAUAAUUUACCACAAUUUAUAGGAAGAAAACCUAAAGUCGAUCACAAAAUGGGUUCACUAUGGUGCGCAGCUAGUGCAUUGUAUGGAUAUAGUGAGAGUUUGAAGAAAGAGAGAUGCAUUGGGAAUAAAGAUACCCAUGCGUGAAUGAUGGACUAUAUUUUAGUCUUUUCAGAAUCCUAUAAAAAUGUUCCUUUUCUUUUGUUAAUUAUUUAAAAUAUUUUUUAAUGUCCCCUAACAGGAAAAAUUGCUAUGAGAUGAGAUAUUCACAAAUUUUUUCAGCUCAUUAAAUAGCUAUAUUGUCCUUGCUGCUAUCAGCAGGCCGAUCUUAAAUAUUGAGCCCUUACCAAUUCUUAUCGAGAAUAGAAACCUAGCAUUCCUCAGCCCUGUGAUGUGUUUGCUUUGCUGAUUGUGUUUGCUUUCGCUUGUGCUUUUGCUUUGAUAAUUGGAGUAGGGUAGGGAUUAAAAUAAAAAUCUUUCUUCAGCCCUGUGAAAGGCUGCAGCUUAUAACUAAUUUGAAUUCUGUAACUAGGAGCACGCUCUAGUAAUAAAUCGUUGAUAUAUAAGGAUGCUCUCCCGGCACUUAAACCUCAUAUUCAAAAUUGGUCAUAGAAAAACUUUCAUAUUAGAGGGGCAGGCACUAGCAAUAUUUUGAUUUUAAUAAAAAAUGUAUCAAGGUGCACUUAUAUGCAUAUAGACACAGCCCAUGAGGAGACAGGAACUGUUGUCUCCACAAUAGAUUUAGAUUUAAAACAUUUUCUUCAGGACUUUACUAUUAGAGAUGAAGACUAUGUAUUAUUCCUAAUGGGAGAUCAAGGUAUGAGAUGUGGGCAAUGAUUUAAAUCAAUAGAUGGCUCACAUGAACACAAAUUACCAUUUUUAUUUAUAAUAACAAAAGAUAGUGUCUUAAAUAACAUUCCAACAGGUUCUGCUGCUUUGCUACAUAACUCAAACAGGCUAUUAAGCAAAUUUGAUUUCCAUACAACUUUACAGCAUCUUGGAAACUACCCAAAUCUAAACUCCCACAGAAAUGAUAUCAGAAAAAAGUCCUCAAAAACCAUAAAAACUUAUAAUUGAUUUACUGAUUUUAUCCCAGAUAACAGAACUUGUGAAGAUGCUGGGAUCCCUAUUUAUUGGUGUGGCUGUCAACCUUUUAAAGAAAUCAGUAAUGAUAUAAAUUCAGAGAUAUUCGUAAAUUUAACAAAUAACAUUAUAGAAACAUUUAACACAGAAAAUAAAAUUUACGACACCAAAAAGAAAACAAUCUGCCAAAAGCUAAAUUUAAAUAAAAAUACAUAUAUAGGGAAACUAAAAGAUGGGGAUAUAGAUUAUUAUAAAAUAAAAUUACAGUUCGAGAAAAAGAAUCAGCAUUAUUUGAAGUUAUUGUAA